CAAUUCUGGAAUGCAGAUUAUGACAACCGGACAAAAGGUAUUGUUUGAAUUUCUUGGAACCAAUUACAUCUUUACUGUUAACCAAGCUUUAGUAGAGGAUGAAGAAAAAGCAAAUGCUAUUGAAAGAGGGAUAAUUACCGAUGACACAUAUAUUGUAUUCGAAGCUGCUUCAAGCUCAGGGAUAAAGAUUAUUAAUCAGCGUGAAGCUGCAAGUAGCAUUAUUUUCAAGCAGAAAAACUUUGAUCUCCAAAAACUUGGAAUAGGAGGUCUUGGUGAAGAUUUUACUAAGAUACUUCGUAGAGCAUUUGCUUCUCGCAUUUUUCCUCCUCAUGUUACAAAUAAGUAUGUGAUUCGAAUGCAACCACUUGAAUGCAUAGUCUUG